CGGUUCUACCUCAAGCACCCCGACGACAAGGGCGACUACAUCCUCGUCGACGACACCCUCAACAUCACGAGCGUCAUUGACUGGGAGUGGACGCGGACGGCGUCGUGGGCCGAGGCCUUCUCGUCGCCGUGCAUGAUGUGGCCCGUCGGGAGUUUCUAUGAGGGAUCCAACGAGCUGUCCGACGACGAGGAGCGGUUCGCCCGCCUGUUCCGCGAGCGCGGCCGGCAUGACCUCGCCGACUGCGUGGUGCAUGGCAGGAAGGUCCAGCGCUUCUUUUUCGCUUUCGGGCCCGGUGGCGGAGUUCUCCGUGACAAAGAGACGGUUUCGGGUUUGCUUGGUGGUCUAGAGCAAGCCUUUUCGCCCCUGAACAAGUAG